AUGUCUUUGGGUGCCUCAUAUGAAGAAUACACUCAGUUGUUUGCAGCAGCUGAAACCAUCACCAUCAGCACAGUUUACAAUCAUUUGGGAUUGGUGGUUGCGCUUUUAGGUAUAUUAGGGUUUUUCUCCACCAGUUUUGCAUUAUUGAUCAACUUGAAAAAUAAAAAUCAUAUCAGUUAUGUGUUAAAUUCAUUGAUUGCUAGUCUUUCAUUUGGUUUAGGAGCUGUCAUGCUUUCCAAUUAUGUUGGUGUUUAUAUUUAG